AUGUCGCAGCUUUCGCACCAGAGUAGGGAACAUCCGUCUGAUGCCCACGCCUACUCCCUCCCGCGCACCCCCCAUCAGCCUCCGCAGCGGCCUCACCCUCUUUACCACGACCAGUCUCACCCCCAUCUCCAACCUCAACCUCACCACUCUCAGUACCAGAGCCAGCCCACGCCCGGCCCUCCCUACACUCCUGUGUCACCCACGAGCGCACCCCAGCUCGACUAUGCCCAGGACAGCCCUACCAUAGGCCGAGCUCAAGUACACCACAUUCGAGGCCAGCAUUCUGGUCCCGUCCCUAGUCCCAUCACCAUUGUCCCCCUUGGUGGUGUUCAUGCCUCAGGUUCAGGCUCAGGUUCAGUCUCCGGCUCCGGCACCCUGACCUCAUCAUCACCCACUAGUCCUUUGCCCAGCGCUGGUGCCAGAUUCCGGAAACCUGCACCCAGCCCGCUGCAUAAUACCACAGCCAUCUCUCCUCCCACCAGCCCCAGUCCUAGGAAAUCACACUUCCAGGUCUCCUUUGGAGCUCACGGCUCGCCCAUCAAUUCGCCGACCACCCCUUUGGCCUCGCAGACAACAAACGCCCCAGAAGCCGCGGAAUUGUUGCCGCGACAAAGGACGGCAGAAAGCGUCGACGCCGAGAAGUCCUACUACCACAGCGAUUCCUCGGGCACAGCAACUCCUGACGACAAGACAACACCUGGAUCCUCUUUGCCCUUACGAUUUACGCAUGACAGCAGAAGCGUCUCCGACCCCGUGAAGAAGCCACUUGGGGCAUCGACCAACUCAUCUUCCCAGGCCAUGCCUGGUUCCUCGAGGAUGGAGAAGGUGAAGGGCGCUCCAAGGAACUCGUCCAUCGAUUCUGCCAUCUCCGCCAUAUCCACUGGGUCUUCAACUCCCAAGAACGCCCAAGAUGGCUCCUGCAGCCCGGCCGAUAUUUCCAAGCUGAUCAAAGCUGCCGGCUCCCCCGAGGCGGUGAUACAAUACUUGCUGAAAGAGAAGAACUCGCAGACACAGCAGAACUCGCAGCUAUGGCGUCUGGUGGACAAGCAGAGGGCUAUGAUCCUUGGUCUCAACAAAGACCUAGAACGAGCCCUGAAGGACAAAGAAAAAUACAGGAAGAAGCUCAAGGAGGUGAUGACUCUGCAGACUAUCCCCUCGGUUUCCUCAACAUCGGCAGGGCAGGGCCGAGAAUCUGCCGCAAGUCUCUCCCACCCGGAUGACGACUCAGCUAAGAAGGUUUCCGACGUUCCCGCGUCUCCAAGCGUGGAGUCCGAGAACUUGAGGCAUUCUCCGAUUGACGUGUCGAUGGCACCGUAUCCGAUCACACCGCCAGCGGAUCAGUGCAGCAAUGGCCCCCCUUCUGCUGUUGGGGAGAUUUUGGAUCCUUCACACUCUAUGCCCGAAGCGAGCGAGCAUGCCUUGGACAACUUCGAUCACGAUGCUCAAGAGAGGGACGCUGAAGAAUCAAAGGAUCUUGCAUACCCGAGUAACGAUAUUCCCAUUAAUUUCGCACUGCCACCUUCGAGGUCUCUGCCAGAGCGUCCUCCGCCUCCCCAGGGUGCGCUACCACCGCCGCCACGCCAAGCGCCUCGCUCAGAAAUUGACGCCUUUAUCGACGAGGACGGUACUUCACGCUUCCCAGCUGUGCCAGCCCCGCCCCCGAGAAAACCACCACCAGCACCAUUGCAGCUGAAGGAUCAAGACUCCGGCCCGGCCUUUCCGCCUGAUGAGGAGUCCGAGAGCGACUCGGACUAUGAUGAUAUCCUCGAGGUUAACGAGAUUGCGGCGGAGAAGCGCGGUCGUCGAAGAACACGGCAGGAGGAUGAUGAACUGCGUGAAGUACUUGUUCUAAAAGAGGCAGAGGCAGAGGCACGAAGCAACUCAAAGAAAAGCAAGGGCAGCGCAAAGGGGACACCUGAGCAGGCCACACCAGAAAUAAAUUUGGCACAGAGUUCACCAAGGGCGCUGAAUAGGCCAAACGCCCCAGGGUCUCUGGCGGGCAUGCUGGAUAACAACUCGUCGAGCACCGCUUUGCCUCUACGGAGUCCUGGCUUGCCUUUAAGCCCUCGACCCAUGCAGUUGGGCGAGGGGCCGAACUCCCCACCUCAGUCACCCCGGCAAAAUGGCCUCACCAUGCCCCUAUCACCUCGUGCUCCCCGACAAGCAAUCCCUCUGCCUCCGAACACACCUCUGCAGACUCCACCGAGCGAACCGCUCGUCUUGAAGUCGCCGCAACCUCUCAACAUCGUGAAGUCUACUGUUGAUGCGGAGCCGGCCGACAGUCCAACUUCGGAGAGCCGCGCGAGCCAGACCGAGCGAACCAGGAUAUUCAAAGGCUUCGUCACCGAGGAAUUCCCCGACCUUCUGCUGCCACCGAAUGCCAUCCCUUCCGUCACCGUGAAGGUCGCGUCGUCACGGAUGAAGCCGUCGCGCGCGAGUUUGAUUUCGUUGACGCAACUAGAGGAGGAUCCUGUCUUCACAUUGGCCAUCAUCUCCCGAUUCGAAGGCGGGGAACUUUGGCGGGUUGAGAAGGACUCGAUGUCUCUAUCGAAGCUGGACCAGAGGCUAAAGCAGUGUGCGGCAUUCACUGCGAGGACUCCAGACCGGACAUUGUUCAGUGGCCACGCCCCGGCAAAGCUCGAUGCUCGCCGCCAAGCCCUUGACCAGUAUCUCGACGAAGCACUCAACACUGCGUUUGACACACCCACCGCCGUGGAGCUCUGCAGAUACUUAUCUACCAAUGUUUUGCCACCAAAUGCUGACGAAAUGGGCUCAUCGACAGGUCCGGCCGACGAAGGAGGACCGAAACUGGGCCCUGGCGGACGACAGUUCAAGACCGGCUACUUGACCAAGAGAGGCAAGAACUUUGGAGGUUGGAAGGCAAGGUUUUUCAGUGUCGAAGGCCCUCAACUGAAAUAUUUUGAGACACCGGGGGGAGCACACCUUGGCACUAUCAAACUUCCAGGAGCCCAAAUAGGAAGGCAGUCGCAGCAAGGCGGCGAUGAGCCCUCGUCAGCUCGCGCCACCGACGAAGCCGAGAACCAGUAUCGCCAUGCCUUCCUCAUCUUGGAACCCAAGAAGAAAGACCCCAGUGCCAUGACCAAACAUGUACUCUGCGCCGAGAGUGACCGAGAGCGUGAUCAAUGGGUAGAGGUCCUGCUGCAGUGGACCAAUUUCAAAGACGUGGACGAAGACAGCAAGCGUGAUCAUCCUCACGACCGGCAGGGCUCGGCACAGGGUCACGUGAAGGGAGCAAAUGCGAAGAAAAAGAUGCAUCCUCGCCCUCAGCAGCAACAAUCUAAGGACGCCGAGGACGCCCUGAUCGGCGUCAGCUACGAAGCCACGAAACAAGGUGAUGUCCCGAAAAUGGGCGGUCACGACUACCCACAACCCUCGCCAGCGGCAGGACUGGGGCCCCAGCCGUCCUACAGCAUCUCUGCUCCCCGAGAUCCACAAGUGAUCUCCGACAUGUCGAUGUGGGGAAACAAGAUGGGUGGCCUCAACAUUCCUCCCGGCUUGGACGAAAAGAAAGCCAAGAAGCGCAGUUUCUUCGGCUUUGGGCCAAAGCAGAGGUCCUCGAGCGAUGGCACUGACUCACUUUUUGGUGAGAGUUCCGGAUCCCCAGGCACUUCGGGUGCGAAGGAGGUCUACUCUGGACCGGUUCGUCGAACCUUCGGCGCACCUCUCGCUGAAGCUGUGCGUUACAACCAUCCUAGGGAUACACGAGUACCACUGCCUGCUGUGGUCUAUCGCUGCAUACAAUACCUGGACGCCAAGGGGGCCAUUACCGAGGAGGGCAUUUUCCGUCUCAGCGGUUCGAACGUUGUUAUCAAGUCGCUGAAGGAGCGCUUCGACAUGGAGGGAGACGUCAAUCUGCUCGCAGACGAGCAGUAUCACGACAUCCACGCGGUCGCUUCAAUGCUCAAGGCCUACCUGCGAGAGCUGCCAACCAGCAUCCUGACUCGAGACCUGCAUUUGGACUUCGUGGCAGUAACCGAGAUGAACAGCCAGGCUGAUAAGAUCGCGGCGCUGAGCGAGCUCGUCACGAGACUCCCGCAGGCCAAUGCCACUCUGCUGAAGUACCUGAUUGCCUUCCUGAUCAAGGUUAUCAACCAUGCCGAUCAGAAUAAGAUGACCGUCCGUAACGUUGGCAUUGUCUUCUCACCAACGUUGACUAUUCCUGCGCCAGUCUUUGCCCUGUUCCUGCAACAUUACGAGGCCAUCUUUGGCAUCGUUCCGGAGGAGUACGAACUACCCACACCGGGUUCGUUGGAAGAGCAACGUGGGAAGGAGCCCGCUCUCGACCUUCCCCCGCGACCAUCAACUUCUGGCGCAGCCCGAGAAUCUCCUCACCGUCACCGCCUCGCGGAAUCACUUCAGGAGGGACGAAGGGGCAACACGCCGCCCCCUGCCAGCCUGAAUCCUCUUGGCGGGUUCGCACAGGCCAGGUCCACACCGACACCUCCUCUCGUCCAGCAACGCACCUAUGAGCCGUCAUACUUGGCCCAGCAAAAUGGCGGUGGUGCUAAUCUUCACGUUCGUCCUGCAUAUGAGAGCGUGAUGCUGGCCCCAGGCCCUGACUCUAGUCAGUUCUAUGCACAGCAGCGCAUGGUCAACCCAGGCUAUGAUCGGCCCAUUUAUGAGACUGGUGCUGCCUACGAUCAACCACAGUCCGUCCGGGCUAGUCGUCGGGAAAGCUCCAUGAUGAUGAUGGGUGUUCCCAGGGGACUGACGCCACAAAGCUCCAUGGGCCGCCUUAGGGAAGACCCUCAAUUCUGA